AUGGGAACAACCACACCAACCACACGCAUGGCCAUAACAACACAGUCACAAACAACACAGACAACACAGUCACAUACCAACCACCGCACACGUGUCAUGGGCACAACCGCACCAACCACACGCAUGGCCAUAACAACACAGACAACACAGUCACAUACCAACCACCGCACACGUGUCAUGGGAACAACCGCACCAACCACACGCAAGGCCAUAACAACACAGACAACACAGUCACAUAACGACACAGACAACAGUCACAUACCAACACAGACAACACAGUCACAUACCAACACAGACAACAGUCACAUACCAACACAGACAACACUGUCACAUACCAACCACCGCACACGUGUCAUGGGAACAACCACAUCAACCACUCGCAUGGCCAUAACAACACAGACAACACAGUCACGUAACAACACAGACAACAUAGUCACAUACCAACCACACGCAUGGCCAUAA